AUGGGCUGUGAUGAUGCCGGCGUCGCCUACAAGGACGCCAUCAAGCGCGAUUUCGAAGCCGACAGCCGCGUCACACACGUCAUCGACGUCGGCGCCAAAGAGCCCAGCGACAAGACGGCCUAUCCCCUGCGCGCAGCCGCCGCCGCCCGCAUCGUCGAGCGUGUCGUCGGGCUUGAACUCGCCCGAAGGCUGGCCAGGGAGUGGCUCGGCUAUGAAUUCGACACGACGACCGCAAGCGCCAAGAAGGUUGAUGAGAUUAUCAGCCUGGAGGCUUGA